UAUGUCUGAAAAAAAAAAAAAAAAAAAAUACCUCAUUUUUUUCUUCAUCUCUUUCAUUUAUUCGUGAUUCGUUUUCGGGUUUACGUGUUUUAACUAACCAACAAUCACGAUGAGAACGCACAUGUGCGCCUACAGUGGGUUGAAAAUAUACCCAGGACAUGGAAAGACAUUGGUUAAAGUUGACGGAAAGUCAUACACUUUCCUCAAUGGAAAAUGUGAAGCUGCUCACAAAAUGAGACGUAAUCCCAGAAAGGUCACCUGGACUGUUCUCUACAGACGUAAGCACAAGAAAGGUCAAGAAGAAGAACAAGCAAAAAAAAGAACUCGUCGUACACAAAAGUACAACAGAGCUAUUGUUGGUGCAUCACUCACUGACAUCUUGGCUAAACGUAACAUGAAGCCAGAGAUCAGAAAGGCUCAACGUGAACAAGCCAUCAAAGCUGCAAAAGAACAAAAGAGAGCACAAAAAGCCACCAAGAAAGUUGUAGCACCAACAAAACCAAAAGCUCUUGCUAAAAAAGAUAAGGCACACAAAGUUACACAAAAAGCAGCCCCAAGAGUUGGAGGAAAACGAUAAAUUUUCUUAAAUUGAUCUUGAUAAUAUUUUAUAAUAUUAAAAAUAAUAAAAACAAUAAAUACAAAAAUAAA